GAAAACCAUUAUUUCCUGGGACGAAUGUCACGAACCAACUAGAUCUGAUAACAAAUAUCCUUGGAACUCCAUCAUAUGAAACCCUAUCCCAGAUUCGUAAUGAGAAGGCCAGGAGAUAUUUGACUAGCAUGAAGAGGAAACAUCCUAUCCCCUUUCCUAGUAUGUUUUGUAAUGCUGAUCCUCAGGCUGUCCGUCUCCUAGAACGCUUACUCGCAUUUGAUCCUAAAGAUCGACCUACUGCUGAAGAGGCUUUAGCUGAUCCAUAUUUUGAAGGAUUUCCUAACUUGGAACAUGAGCCUUCACCACACCCCUUUUCAAAACUUGAGUUUGAAUUUGAGAGAUGGAAGCUAACAAAGGAUGGUGUAAGAGAUCUGAUAUAUCGAGAGAUUUUGGAGUACCAUCCACAGAUGCUUCAGGAUUAUAUCAGAGCUGGAGGACAGACUAGUUUCGUCUAUCCAAGUGGGGUUGAUGGUAUGAGGCUGCAGUUUGUACAUCUUGAGGAGAACCACCUGAGAGGAGAAAGAGGCACUCCACUGUGGAGGCGACAUGCAUCUUUGCCAAGGGAAAGAGUCUGUGCACCAAUGGGUAUUGAUAAUCAAGACUGUAACAAUGAGAGGAGGACAGCAUCUUCUGCUGCCCAAACUACCAUAAGAUCACAACAAGAGGGGCUGCCACAUGCAUAUGUUUAUCAAAAUGGCACAAGCAUUCCGAACUUCUGCUCAGGGUAUUACUUGCAGAAUGGUAGUGCCAGUGCUUCCAGUUGUGUUAUCGAAGAGAUUGAAGGCCCAAAGGAGAACGGCGUCUCCGAGGAGGAGAAGGUGGCCUAUGAACUGUCACAAUGUUUUGCCAGGAUCUAGCCAGGAUCUAGCCAGGACGCACCUCCUAAGGCAGCCAUGAUCCCGACGCAGCUCUAAAUUUCAGCGCAGUGGUUCCACCAUGUAGUCUGAUGGGUCCCGGCAGCACAGAAUAAACUCCACCAGGGCGGAGGUGCUGCGAACUUCACACCAACCAUUCACAUUAUCUGAAAACAUGUAAUAAAUCUGAGUUGAAAAAUGUCGCGCCGAUCUGCAUCGGUAUACAUCCGGUGUAAAUUAUGUGGGUACCGUAGUGUGAUGUCGUAACAGAAAUUGCAGACA